AUGUUGCCUCCGCUGCUGCUGCCCCUGCUGUGGACAUGCGCCCUGGCUCAGGGUCUGAGAUAUCAACUAGAAGUGAAGGAGUCGGUGACAGUGCAGGGGGGUCUGUGUGUCCUCGUGCCUUGCACAUUUCUUCAUCCCCAAAAGUACCCCUACAGGAUCGACUCUGUUUCUGGCUACUGGUUCCGGGAAGGAGCCAAAGAAGUGCAGGAUGCUCCCGUGGCCACAAAUGUCCCAGCUCGCGAAGUGCAGGAGGAGACCCAGGGCCGAUUCCACCUCCUUGGUGAUCUCCAGAGAAAGAACUGCUCCCUGAGGAUCAUAGAUGCCCAGAGGAAGGACAAUGGGUCAUACUUUUUUCGGGUAGAGAGAGGAACAAUGAAAUGGAGUUACAAAUCUCCCCAGCUCUCUGUGCAUCUGACAGCCCUGACCCACACACCUGACAUCCUCCUUCCGGGGACCCUGGAGUCUGGCCGCCCCAGCAAUCUGACCUGCUCUGCACCCUGGGCCUGUGAGCAGGGGACGUCCCCCAUCUUCUCCUGGAUGUCAGCUACCUCCCCCUCUCUGGGCCCCAGCACCACCCGCUACUCGGUGCUCACUCUCACCCCACGGUCCCAGGACUACGGCACCAACCUCACCUGUCAGGUAAAGUUCCCCAGAGCUGAUGUGACCACGGAGAGAACCAUCCAGCUCAACGUGUCCUAUGGUCCAUAGCGCCCACCAGCUGGUGUCUCUCCAGGAGAUGGCCCAGGGAAACCAGACAGCAGGGUAGGGGUGAUUCAGGGGGCCGUCGGGGGCGCUGGUGUCACGGCCCUGCUAGCUCUCUGUCUCUCCCUCAUCUUCUUCACGGUGAAGACCCACAGGAGGAGGGCAGCCAGGCCAGGGAUGUCCAGGAGUGACACUCACCCUGCAGCAGAGCCCACCUGCCUGGUGAAUGAUGGGGCACCCGGCGUCCAGUCUGCCCCGCAGACCCCUCCCCAGGGGGGCCCACAGUCUUGCCCCAUUCAGCAUGCCCCCAGCUGA